AUGUGGCGUCCGGGAGUCGUGGAGGCUGAAGCGGUCGGAGAUGGAGGCGGCAGAAGUGAGCUUAAAAAUUCCCACAGGCGUCAUCAGGCGACAGUGGCUGGGCCGAAUGCCCGCGAGUUGAGUACAAUUCCAGGCAAAGUCAAUGUACAAGUGUCCACUACAGGUCCGGCCUUCAUACAGCCACGAGACCCGGCAGACAUGUCAACUCACAGUCGUCUAGUUGGUCCAGUCGCACAGGCAUAA